AGGUCCCAUUUUCUUCUUUCAUUUCCCUGAUGAAAACCAAAAAGGUUUUCCACGAGGCCGUUGCGUUCAUGAACAGCGCGAUGGAGCUUACCUAUAACGAAACUCUUCGAUACAGGUGUAAGUAUUUUCACAACUGACGUGUGCUGUGUAUCCGCCAGGUGUAGGCGAUGGCCUCGGAGCCUGCGGAGCGACCGAGUGGUGAUUCGGGCAUCUCUUUGGGCAUGAACGUGAGUUUUCAAAACAUUCAGCAUAAAUAUUUUUAAUCAAAUCACACACCUUAUGUCGCCUAAAACUAACUUUUGAACGUCAAGUUUCUGGAAACCCGGUUUUUUUUUCUCAUGAGUAUAUCCCUUUUUUUCAUUCUUUUUCCAAACGAAAACCAAAAAGGUUUUCGACGAGGCCGUCACCUUCAUUCACAACUCCAAGCAGCUUCAGGAGAAACGGGAACGAGUAAAGAUCGGCUGCGUUCCUAUAACGCCACUCUUCGAGCUAAGUUGAAUCUCCUGAAAGCGGAGUUGGACGUGAAGGAGCUGGUCUUACCAAUCGAGGAAGAAUCUCUUUCUCAAGACACGAAAACCAAAAAGGUUUUAGACGAGGCUGUCACCUUCAUUGACAUUUCUAAGCAGCUUCAUGAGAAACGGGGGUCAGAAAUAGAUCUGCUGCGUUCCUAUAACGCCACUCUUCGGGAUAAGUAUUCUAGUGAUCUCCUGAAAGCGGAGUUGAACGUGGAGGAGCUGGUCUUGCCAAUCGAGGAAGAAUCUCUUUCUCAAAACGUGAGUUUUCUCAGACGUCCUACAAUUCUGAAAUUCUCACAGAGAAACUGUAUUUAAAAUUUUUCUAACACACUAUGUUUGCUACAGGUCUUGGAAGAAACGGUUUCGGCGAAGGUGCCUGCAGAGGGAACUGCUGCCAGACGAGGUAACCUUUAUUCUUUUUAAUUAUAGUAUCAUAGUUUUACUAAAAUAACUAUAAAGUGCCAAAAAUUAAGUAAGUAUUUGGUUGCUGAUUUCAGCACAAAAUAUAUGUAGGUCCCAUUUUCUUCUUUCUUUUUCCAGACGAAAACAAAAAAGGUUUUCGACGAGGCCGUCACCUUCAUUGACAACUCCAAGCAACUUCAGGAGAAACGGGAACGAGUAAUAGAUCGACUGCGUUCCUAUAACGCCAGUCUUCGGGCUAAGUGUAAGUAACUUAUUCAUCUUAUCAAUAAUUUGAUAGUUCCAAACUAUGUACUUCUGACUUAUUGAUUUAUCGAUUCUAGUGAAUCUCCUGAAAGCGGAGUUGAACGUGAAGGAGGUGGUCUUACCAAUCGAGGAAGAAUCUCUUUCUCAAGACGUGAAAUCUCUCAAACUUCCUACAGUUUUGAAAUUCUUACAGAGAAACUGUAUUAAUAUUUUUUCUAACACUAUAUAUAUAUAUAUAUAUACUCCCAAGCCGCUUUCGGCUACGGUAACUGCGACAAAAUUCCUUUAGUCCGCAAUAAGAGGGCUACGCUGGGCUGCCCUAUCAUGUGCCCUCACAUGGCUACAGUAGCCAAUCUUGUUGGUAAACGUGCGCGAACAAUGUCGACACGUUAGGACACCGCUGAUGUAGUUGUAGGUGAUAGCCGCUGCUGGUCUGGCUUUAAGAGCAUCGCGCUUCGAGUCAAGAUCAAGAUUUUCUAACACUACGUUUGCUACAUGUCCUGGAAGUAACGGUCUCGGCGGAGGUGCCUGCAGAAGGAGCUGCUGCGCCAGAUGACGAAACUUUAAUUUUAUACAUUCAGUGCAUUCAUUUUUACUAAAAUAUGGAGUGACUUCAUUUUUCUCAUGAAGUCUUAAUAGUUGUCUCUUGAAGUACUUAUUUGGAUACUAGUUCAUUUAAUUACAAAUAAAACCUGAUUUAUAAUUUCAUAAAAUAGACUGCGAAUAAGUAAGUAAUAAGAAGAGAAGAUACUAGAAGUAGCUUUGAACUUAUUACUUUUUCUAUUUGCAAACGCGGGCACACACAAAAUAGACAACCAUAAAUUAUAAUAUUAGCUUCAAUCUGUAGCUAAGUUUUAAGAAUUAUUUAAAAAAGAUCAUUAGAA